UCAACAUUGACCGCCGACGCACAAGCCUCGCGCGGUGCAAAAGGCGCGCACGUACGUACACACGUCGCCGAUAUGGAAAAACCGAGUCGACGUACGGUCGCUCCGUCGCGCGCGUCUCACGCGUAAAACCGAUAGGAAAGAGAGAAACCGCAACAAGCCGCGCGUAUAAUGCGUAAGGUCACACUCGCGUUCACGUUCACGGGGUGUCGGCGUGUGCUCGCGUUAUUAGCAUGAGCAUCUCUCAAGAUAGCGCCGCUACGAUCGUGUGCAGGGAGGUUUUCGACGAGACGUCUCAUCCGACGAAGGAAGAACUGCUCGAUUAUGCGAAACGUCUGGGAAUUGAUCCUGAUGCGGAACCACACCUUCUCGACCUGGCGCGCGAGGGUCUCAUGGCGGCCCUGCCCAAGGGCUGGUCUCCGUGUUUCCACGAGGCCUACGGUGCCUGGUAUUAUUACCAGACAUCCACCGGUUACACCUCUUGGGAGCAUCCGCUGGACGAGGUCUACAGGAAGCUCGUGGAACAGGCGAGAGCCGGCAAGCGGCAAAUGAGUCUCGAGGAAGAUUCCAAGACCACAGCGAAGGAUCUCGAGUCUCAUGAGGACGCGACCUUGCCGAAGGAGACCAUCACCUCGAAGGAGACCGCCGUCCCGAAAGAAACCACCAACACCACCACCACUUCCAGCACCGCCUCCAAGGAGACCAGCAGCCAUCCCAAGCCCGGCAUGGCGGGCACCAAGAUUCCGAUGAAACUGGCGCCUCUGCGGAAGGUCGAGAAGGCCGACGGUUCGUCGCGGAAAAAGGAACGGCCUUCGUCCUUCGACAGACUCCAGUCCAGACGGGAGAGCGACUCGAAAUCCGACAUGAUGUCCCUGUCGAGCGAUCGGGCCGCCAGGGAUUAUACCAACCUGAGAUUCCAGGACCCGCGGUUCUACGAGUGCCCGAAGCUCCUGGAGACGACUGGCACGAUCUCGACGACGACGACCACGGCUACGACCACGACGAGCGCGACGCCCGUGAAAAAAGAGCUCGAUCUGAAGGAGGUGCUGAAGAGAUCGGAGUCGUUGAGCCCGUGGCACGAGAAAGACUGGGAGCAGUUGUCCAGCAAGUUCAGCUCCGAGGAGAACAUAAUCGACAUCGACAAGCUCAGCGCCAGCACGCUCGCCCGACCGGAGCGGCUGGAGAAGUUCGACAAGGAGAAGCACCCGAGCCAGUUGGGUCAACAGAAGGAGCUGACUCUCAGCGGCGGGGGAUCGAUGUUUCUGAAGAGCAACAGGAGCAGGGACACCACACCUAGCCAAGACGGCGGUAAACUCGAGGACUUCCGGGCGUUGGUCAUCUCCGAUGAGAGCAACAACGCCGUCAUCGGCGACCGACCCAAGUCCAUUCUGAGGGAGAAACAAUUGGAAGACGAGGACAGACCGUUGGACGAGGAACGCAAGAGCGUGCGCUUCGACCUGGAGAAGGAGAUCGACAUCAAGUUCACGUAUUCAGAAUCCGAGGACGACUGGGAGUCCGAGUCCGAAGAUCAAAAUCUUCGGAUAUCGGCGGUGGUCAGCAAUAAAAUCACCAGUUCGAUUUUGUCGCCGCUGAAGCCGGAUCCGCCGAGUCUGGAGGACGACAACAACGACGACGACGACAACAACAAGGACAACUAUUCCAAUGAGAAGGAGCAGAGGGACAAGGAGGAGCCGGAGGCCGGCAGGCGGCGUUUGUCCUUGGAGAAGAUCGAGACCGUGUCGAAGAACGCGAAGUUAGUCGGCAGGCGGUUCCUCGUGCAGAACGUCUCGGAGAACGAGCACCGCAGCCAGAUGACGAAGGACAGUCUGGAGAGGGAUAAUAGUCUUGAUUAUCUGCCGAACAAGUUCGAGAAGGUGAAGAACAUCGACUUGGUGUCGAAGAGCGAGAGCGACAGCGCCGUGAAGAGCAGCGAUUCCGCUAGUCUUCUGGAGGAGAUGCGCCGCACGAGGUCGAUCAUCGAGAAAGCGACACGCGCGGCCAACCGUCUGUCGAAUCGUCAGCUCGAAGACGACGAGUCCUCGGACAUGUCUAAGAUCAAUCAGGAUUAUGUGAUCGCGAAGAAAGAGCGGUUCGUACGACCAAAACUCGAGUAUUCGCGCAGCAUCGAUGACAUGAAGAUGAAGAUGAAUCGGGAGAAUGAAAAGGAGAUCGAAGCUUUCAAGAUCGAGCUCGAGGUCAAGCUGCAGGAGAAGAAGAAGGAGCUCGAGGAGAACUUCGUGCAGCAGAAGAUCCUGCUGCAGCAGUUCUGGAACCAGAGGCUGGAGGAAGUCAAGCAGGAGAUGGCUCGGAAGGAAGAACAGGAGAUUCAAGCGUUGAUCACUGAAAUGGACGAGGUCAGAAUAGAGAACCUGAAGAAGGUCCGCGCGGAACUGGAGGUAUGUUACGAGAAAGAACGACAAGAGAUAUUGUCCAAUCUGAAAACGGAACUCGACGAGAGGAAGAGGGAGCUUCUGGAGCUGCGGAAUCAGGAGAUGGGCAAGCUGGAGGACGAGCACGAGCGCGAUCUCGGCGAAGAGAAGCUCGCGAAGCUGAACGAAUACGAGCUGAAGAAACAGCACUCUGAGAAGAUCGAUGCGAUGAAGAAGGAACUGGAGAAGGAACUCGAGGACUUGCGGAACGAGCUGAGAAUGCAGCAACGGGAAAAAAUCACAAAGUUCACCGAAGAUCACGAUCAGUGCCUAGCCGAGAUUCUCCGUGACUUCAGGAUGGAUGAGGCUCUCGCUCGCAAAAUGUACAAGGAACGGUUGGAGGAGAUCCGCGCGGAUUUCGCGCGGGACGCCGAGAAGGAGGCGAGGAAGCAGGCUGAGCGGGCCCUCCAGCAAGACAGCAUCGACUUCGAGAAGAUGCGUUGCGAGAAGCGGCUGCUGCAAGACAAGUACACAGCGCUCAAGGAGAAGUACAUGAAGCUGAAGAACGACGUUCGCCUCGCGGUCGAGAGGAGGAGCAGGAGGAAGGAGGGUUACACCACGGCCUCGGAGACCGAGAGAUCGGCAUCCACCCGGACUAGAACGGAGAGGACCGAGUCGUCGGAACAAAAUACUCCGCUGUGGAACGCGCGUUCGAGCCCGGUAACAAACGCGAAAUCGCAGGAGGGCCAGUGCGCGAGCGAACAGGCCGAAGAGCAAAACGAUCCGGACAGCAAUUCGAGGAGUCAGAAGGCGGGGUUUCAAAAACCCGCAUCCGGCGUCGUUGGCUCGAAGAGCGCGGCAAAAUUUGAGUCCGACGACACCACCACCGCCAGCGAGACGAACGUCAACAUGAUGAUGAUGAAGAAGAGGAAGAGCUUCAGUAAGAAGGCCGCGUCGAGCGCGGCCCGCUCGAACGCGGCCAGCGGCAACAACAACAAUCUGGAGAACCCCGUGGAGAACAUCCGGAAGCAGUUGAAGAAGCUGGAGGACCUCGGCGAUCAGCUGCCGAGCAACGAAACGGCCUAUACAGUGCGAUAUCCUUUCCAAGAUAAAGCGCCGGCGAACGCCUCUUCGGAGCUAGAGUUCUUCCGUCACCGGAUCCAUGUGGAGAGGGACUCGGUGAGGAGAGCUCGCGAGGCGCUCAGACAACAGAGAAGUGCCUUUCAGGGUAGGCAGAGAGCUUGGAAACAGCGGAGCGCGAGGGCUACUCUGGAACAACUGGUGCAGGAGGAGCGCGAGCUCUCUGACAUGGAGGUGAGUUUGCAUCGUACCAGGAGCCUACUGGGCGAGAAGAUCAUCCACUUGAAACAUCUGGAACAGUCUCUGGAACGAGUCGCAAACGACAAGCGAAACGAAAACGACGCGUCUUCCACGAAAAAUGAUGAACUGACAUUGAGCGAUAUGUCGAGCGCCAGCAGCGGCUUCAGUUCGACUGACUUGGGAACUGAUACCUUCGUAGAUAAGCCAGAUCAUUACCAAGAGUCCACCGAAAUCAUCGCGAGCUUAGAAAAUUUGAAUUCGGAAAUACGAGAAAUUUGGGAUGUCUUGAAUAAACGCCAGGAUAGCAACAUACCUCCAACACCGGCUCUCAUGUACUCUUAUCUGCGAUGGUUACGGUUUCAUCAUCUCACCGCGCAGCCUAACACCGUGCAAGGUGCCUUUGGUACUCCCAACAUACAGCCCAACAUCUUAUCUCAAUUAACCACCGCGCAACCUCCCGCCACCACGACUCAGAAUAUCAUCGCCCAGUACGGCCCUAACAGCGGCUUUACCACCAGCGUUGGUACGGUCGAGAGAAGCGCCUCGAACUUGAUGGAAAGGACCAGAAACCUCAGGGAUUGGCUACGCCAAGCUCGCAUCGAGACUACUGACCUGAUUAGUCCGGGUCAAGCGACUCUUUAAAUCCAGGCUGACAUCCGGAAGGGAAAACCCCUUCAAAUCUCUUUUCUUUCGCGAAGUAGAUCUUCAUUCUCUAAUAACCGUUUGAAUUACGUAGCUGAAAGAAAAAAAACCAGACGGUAUCGAUUUAACCGAUGAUACUCUUUCUCCACAUCUAUCUUUAUCUCUCUCGUUCUCUUAAUUAGUGUAGCAUUUUUAUAGAAUCGUUUACUGUGUGCAAUAUAUUGCUCGCGUCGGUUCAUUUCGCGGUAAUUACGACUAGGAACCGAAUAGAAUCGGAAACGAUUUCUCGACCUUUCUCGUUAAGGCUCAUCAGAUCUUCUCGAAGUGGUGAUCCCAUCCGAAACACUAACGUACAGGAUUUCGAUUUCGCGCUCGCUUGUUGCUCCGAAUCCUGUUUUCUUCUUUGCCUAGACGACUAUCGAGUAUAUCGCGAUAGUUCAUACAUGGACGAGGACGAAAUAAUUCGGAACAUUUCCGAGCUAGUAAGUAAACGGCACUCUGUUAAUCUUUAAGUAUCACGGUGAAAAUUUGACCACGCUUGUGUGUGUGUGUGUGUGUGUAUGUGUACGUCAUAAUUCCGUAACGAUCUUAUCUGUCAUCGAAUACUUAUUAACGAAACUCUCGUACUAUUUCUCUGAGUCCGAUAAAGUAGUCCGAUAAAGUAGUCAUGUGUCGAUGUCGCAGCGAUUUCAGACGCUCGCAAGUUUUCACCGUGACACUCACGGAUUAAGAAUCUGCGCGUGAAUCUUAAUCGAUCGCGCUUCGAUAAGCAGCCGAAUCGGUUCGAUCGGCAGACACGAUCGGCUGCUCCUCCUUCGAUCCUCGCUCGGAUCUUGCAAGCCGACGUUGCGUAAUCGUUGCGUGAUCGCGUCUCGUCUCAGAUGCAGAGUCGUAACACGCGGAAACAAGUUGCGUGUCGCGCGCACAUACAUACAUACACACACAAACACCAAUCCGAAGGGAAAAACGCGCAUGGUGGGACCGCCGCUUCUCGGAUGAGUCCUCGGGAGCGAAAUUAACGAAGCGAAUUUUAUAUUUCGCACGAGAAAAGAGAGAGACGAUCGAGAGAGAAUCCCUCUCUUUCUCUAUCCCACUCUUUCUCUCUCUCUCUCUCUCUCUCUAUCUAUCUCUCUCGUUCUCUCUCUCUUUCUCGAGUAUUCAUCCCGGAGGUGUUGGCUUUUCGUCUUCCAGCGUGUUUCGAGCUCGACCGGCUCUGCAUCCCAGCGUGCGCGCGACGACACAUUAAAACACACACAUUGACUUCCUGUUAAUAAUAAACUUCGUACACACUACGCUGUUACGUAUAAAGUUUGUAAAUUGGUAGGGAAAGAGAGAGAGGGAGAGAGAGUGAGAAUGAACGCACGAACGCUCGCGUGUCUGCGCGAACGGGAUCUUUAUGUGGAUAGGACGCGUUUCUUUUGUAAAUAAAUAUUUCGACAUUGUGUGGGCUCACACGACACGGACGCGCUAUUGGUGGCGAUAUAAACGACGACGUGUUAUAAAACGACCGGCCCCCCCUCGUCUUUUCGACAGUCUGUUGAUCCUCUGUAUAUUUUCGAGAUCAAUUUUUCGAUUAGUAUCUGAUAUAACGUUGUAAAAAAAAAA